UGAAUUUCAAGGUUUGGUAUCUCUGCUUUUUACUUCCAAGAUCACUCGAUUCUCUCUACUUUUUAUGUUAUAUCUGCUAUUGCACUGCGGAAAAUGUACAUACAUACAUACGUGUAAGCUGUAAACAGAGAUGAGCUCUCUGCUGUAAAACUAUUUUUGUGGACAGUGGCGUAACCAAGCGCCGCGGAUUGAAACUAUUUUGGGUACACGCAUUUUAACCAAGCAUUAGGCUUCUAGGAGACAUUGAAAUUCAUCGAUGAUAGUUCAAAUCGUUCAGAUAUGGCCGGAAAUUUUUGGCAAAGUUCACAUCAUCAACAAUGGCUACUGGAUAAGCAAGACCUGAUAAGGGAACGGCAACAUGAUCUUAAUAUCUUAAAUGAAGAGGAGUACCAGAAGUUGUUCAUCUUUUUCUCAAAUUUGAUACAAGUGCUAGGAGAACAGUUAAAAUUAAGACAACAAGUGAUAGCUACAGCAACGGUUUAUUUUAAAAGAUUUUAUGCUCGCAAUAGCUUAAAAUGUAUCGAUCCACUGCUUUUAGCACCAACAUCUGUAUUCCUUGCUUCAAAAGUAGAAGAAUUUGGAGUUAUUUCCAAUACUAGGUUAAUUACUACUUGUCAAACUGUAGUUAAAAACAAAUUCAAUUAUGCGUAUUCUCAAGAAUUCCCUUACCGUACAAAUCACAUUUUAGAAUGUGAAUUUUAUUUGUUGGAACAUUUGGAUUGUUGCCUAAUUGUUUAUCAACCAUAUCGACCAUUACUAACACUUAUUCAAGAUAUUGGACCUGAUGAUCAGUUACUUACUUUAGCAUGGCGUAUUAUUAAUGAUAGUUUACGAACUGAUGUAUGCUUACUUUACCCUCCCUAUCAAAUAGCUAUUGGAUGUUUGCAAAUAGCAUGUGUCAUACUGCAAAAGGACUUGAAAUCAUGGUUUGCCGAACUAAAUGCAGACAUGGAAAAAAUCCAAGAAAUUGCGCGUUACAUAAUAAAUUUAUAUGAAUUGUGGAAAGCCUAUGAUGAGAAAAAGGAGAUUCAAGGACUAUUGGCUAAAAUGCCAAAACCGAAAGCAGCUCCACAGCGCUGACAUCAGCCCUCCAGUACAGUACCCAAUCUUUGGGAAUGACUCAAUGAAUUCUAAUUAUUUAUAUAUCAAUUCUUACUAUAACAUAUUCAACGUAAGACUGCAACAAACUAUAAGACUUCGGUAGAAGUUUAGAAUCCUACAUGUGAAUUGUGAAAACUGUUAGUUAAUGUUCAAUCAUGAAUUUGUAGUUUAACUAAAGUUUCACAUCAAAGCUAAACUUUUGCUUGUUCCUUUACGAAAAAACAAACUAGGAAUUUGCAAGAACGGAAUAUUUAAAACAUAAACGUAAAAUUUUAGAAAAUUUAGAUAAAUAAAUGAUUAAAACAAAAA